UUGACCCACAAUGGCUGACGAUGAAGCAGAUUUUGACGACGAUGAGUAUCUGGGGGGGCGUGGAGAAGAAGAAGAUGAGGAAGAAGAGCAGGAAUUGUCGAAAGCACCCAGCGCAGAUUCGUUUCACGCACUUGAGGAAUUUAAAGCUAGACCAAACAUUUACGACGUGUUCAAGUUUGCGCCCAUUAAAAAAAUAACGAGGGAAAUUGUUCAACAAGUUCUCGGUGGUCAGAUAUUUGAAGGAGACCGAGUCAGAAAGUGGAUAACGAAAAUUGCGAACGAAAUCAACGAGAACAUUCGCGAACUCAAAUUCAAAAGGUACAAGCACAUUGUGCAUGUUCAAAUUGGCGAAGAUAAAGGCCAGGGGAUCAAGUGUGGGCUCAGAUGUGUAUGGGACUCGAAAGUCGACUCGUAUUUUGUUGAUAUUUUUACGAAUGACACUCUGUUUUGUCUAGUUAUGGUUUUUGGGGUGUAUUUAUACUAAACUGAG